UGCAGGCUAUACAGCCAUCUGUAAUCAGAGCCUACUUUUAUUUGUAAAUGUACCUAGAAAACUAAUUAUCAGACACAACAUGAAGAUAAAGAAAGUUACCCCAGGAGAGAAGUCGGUUCCCUUAAAAUGUCCAGAUAAUACUGCGUUUAAGCAGCAGCGUCUCCCGUCCUGGAAGCCUUCUCUAAAUGCUCAGUCUGUCAUCCCGUGCACCUUUAUCAUUGCCAUUUUCUGCUUGGCUGUUGGGAUCAGUUGGAUUGUAACAGCUUCAUAUAUUAAGGAAAUAAGGAUAAAUUAUUCAAAUUACUGUACUCAUUGUACAGAACUACGAGAAAAUGCAUCAAAUUAUGCAAAACCAUGCAAUUGUAUCAUAAACUUCUCAGUACCAGAGAAAAUUCAGGGAGAUGUGUUUAUCUACUAUGGACUUAGUAACUUUCAUCAGAACCUUCGUCGAUAUGUGGUGUCCAGAUAUGACUCACAGCUGCUAGGUGAAAAUGUAACAAAUACAGAGAGCAUUCAGAAACAUGCAAACUGUGCCCCCUUCACUACUUACAGCGAUGGAACCCCCAUGGCACCCUGUGGUGCUACUGCUAACAGUAUGUUUAAUGACACAAUCACACUUCUGUAUCGCAAGGACACAACUUCCACAAUCCAAGUCCCUCUUCUAAGGACAGGGAACACCUGGUGGACUGAUAAAAAUGUGAAGUUUAAAAAUCCAGAAGGAGAUCUCACUCAAGCAUUUGCAGGCACUGGCAAACCACCAUACUGGCAGAAGCCAGCGUAUUUGCUUGACCCCGAUGAGUCUCACAAUAAUGCUUACAUAAAUGAUGACUUCAUCAAUUGGAUGAGAGUUGCUGCCUUCCCAACCUUUAAGAAGCUUUAUCGACGUCUGUCUCGUGUACAACAAUUUUCAGAUGGCCUCCCUGCAGGAAACUACAGUUACAGCAUUGAGUACAAUUUUGUUGUCUCAAAGAUAAAAGGACAAAAGCAUGUUAUCCUGACAACGUUGUCAUGGUGUGGGGGAUGCAAUAUGUUCCUGGGAGUCGCCUAUACCGUCACCGGAGGAGUCCUAAUACUGGCGUCUGUCUUCAUGUAUUUUGUGCACUUAAAGCGCAGAAAGCGGGAAAAAUCCUAUUUCAAGAAAUAGACAAUAUUAAUGUUUACUAUUUUUUAAAUAAAUGUUGUUGAUUAAUGUUUUACCAUAACUUCAUUUGAAAGUAUUAUAUGCAGUGGUUCACCAACUCUUUUGUUCAUCAUCACUCCAAGGUGCAACGUAAUGCAAUAAAAUAUAGAUAUCUACAUAUGUAUUAUUAUAUAUUACUAUAUAUUACCUAAAUGUGUGUUUAAUAUCUUGUACUAUUAGAAACCUAGAUACGAACCAAACAUUUAGUAUUAUUUUGUUGCUUUAGAUAUGCUGGAAUAAAAUGUGCAACAAUCUACACUGUAAAAUAUGAUGACAUAUUGUACUAGUAUAUGCAAUCUACUUACCAAAAAAGGAUUUUAAAUCUUACUUUAUUUUGAAUUCUAAGUAUUGGUAUGCUUGCUCUAUAUUAAGUAUUGUACAAAUUAUCUGUUGGCAAGUGAAUUUGUGAUAAUUGAUUUAAUUCAUUUUUGCAUUACUG